AUGCCUUCUUCAAAGCCUUUGAAGAUCAAGCCCUCCGAGGUUGCGGCUGACACCAAAAAGAAGCUCAUUCCAGAGGUCAACAAACAUUUUCGCGACGAAUGGCCUCCGUACUCGGUUCUAUACGCACAGCCUCUGGAGCAACUUUGCCUGAACCGUCCCAGCUUCAUGAGUUCAGAUCUCCCCAAAUUCUACGUCGUUCACGGAGAUCCGGUUGACUGCGCCAUCGGAUGGGCUCAGAGCGAGGGCGUUCGCAUUCCGUUCAUCUGUGCUGCCAAUGAGAAACGCCCGGGAGGAGACUGGGAAACGGGAGUUGUUGGAUAUGAGGAGAGACUAUGCCGUCGAAGCAACCUCUCGGCAACGCUGGCCGCCCCACAUCCGGAGACCUACUUGGCGUCCAACUACCCCAUACCGAUCGAGGGAGCCAUCUACUCCCCUGACGUUGUCCGAUUUCGCCAGUUCCAAGACAGAAUCGAGUCGCUAGAGAUGAAGGAUUGGAGAUCGCUGCCGGUCAUCUCCAUGCCGCCAGCGCGCUGGCCCAAGCUCACCGACAUGGGCAGGAAAUACUCGUUCUCGACGGAGCGUGAGCUGGUAAGGAACAAGAUGCGAGCAGCGCUUCGAAUUUGCGCCUCUAUUGGUUACAACCAUGUGGUCAUUGGCGACUUUGGUCUUGGCAACGGAUAUCGCAACCCGCCCAAGGAGUUGGCAGAGCUCUGGCGCGAGGUCUUUCUCUACGAUCCGGAAUUGAGGGGUCAGUUCUCAGCCGUCAUGUUUGCCUUCGAGGACGACCGACAAUGUACGGCCAAGUGCAUCCUUGACGAUAUCGCCAAAAAGAGUAAGGGCAGCAGCAGCAGCAGCUCGAAGAGCAAGUCCAAGAGUAGCUCGUCGUCAUCGUCAAGCUCCAGCAGCUCAUCCGGCCACAAGAGCGACUUCAAAAUCUUCAGCGACGUCUUCGCUCCCAAUGAAAUCGCACGAGUCCGAAGCCAGCCCGACCCGCGCUACGCCUUCUCUGCGAUCAUGGACGGUUCUUGA